AUGGCUAAUGAAAUUAAAAAAAUUAAAAACGAUAUAGCUUUAAGUAAUGCAAUGAUAUUUAUUGGUACAGGAGUAUCUAUGUAUGCAACAAACCUUGAACAAGAAGUGUCUCAUUGGAAAGGAUUGUUGAAACAUGAACUGCAACAAUGUUAUCGAUCAGGAUGGAUUAUUAACGAAGAAUUUGAGGAUUUCAAUAAUAAAUUCCAUAGUGACACAGCACAAAUUGAUGACUAUUUGCUUGCUGCCAAUCAAAUUAAGUAUUAUUUUCAAAUGGAAAAUGAUGAAACAAAAAAUGAUCUUUAUGCAACAUGGUUACGAGAAACAAUAGGAAACAUAGUAGUUAAAAAACCUGAACUUAUUAAAACUAUAGGAGAAUUAGAGUGUCCAAUUCUAACAACUAACUAUGAUUCAUUGCUCGAAGAUAUACUUGAUAAAAAACCAUUAACUUGGAAUGAAUAUUAUGUUAAUGAUAUUGAUGAUUCGUUGGAGAAUCUCAAAAAUUAA